AUGAUCAACGAGGACACAUCGACAGCCGCCGUCGAGAUGACGGAUGUCAUCCCCCGCGCCGCCCAGGACAAGCAGGUGAACAACGGGAUUUACGUUCAGCCGACCGAGGACGGGAAUUUCGGUCUGGAUAAAGACAUCGCAGACAACGCCAAGAAGAAGUACGACAUCGCUAAAGAACAGGAAGUGCGCACGUGGAUCGAGAAGGUCUUGGAUGAAAAGCUGGAGGACGGUCUGGGAGCCCUUGAGUUCCAGAAG